AUGGGGGAAGAGAGACCAUUUGCUGCUCUGACCAUCACUGUCCCCCCACUCGGUUUCACACCUGGAAUAGGGUCACAGCAUGUGGUCCUGCAAGAACCUGAAUCACAGCGAAACGUCAUCGGGGUUGAAAUUCCAUGUGGCUCCUCCCACCCUUCAGCCCUCCUCAAACAUCUUCAUCUUGAUGGUAUCAAGCUGCUCCCCUUCACUAUUACCACCAUCGUCGCCACACUCGUGCAGUCACGUGAUCGUGAUCACGGUGGCCAAGGAGCCGUAGACCUUUGCACUACUUUCGCACCGCUAUCAGAAAAACCCUCUCGACCCCUCGGUGAGCGAGUUUCUUCCAUCAUGGAGGUCAAAGUCAGGAGCGGGAGUGUUUUUACCAGCAUCAAGGUGUUCGUGGCGUGUCACAGCGCACUGCAGCUGUCGCUGCUUCUGGUCUCGGGCUACAUGAAAAGCUCCAUCUCCACCAUCGAGCGACGCUACGGUCUCUCCAGUCAGAAGUCCGGACUCCUGGCCGCCUUCAACGAGGUGGGCAACACGCUCCUGAUCGUGUUCGUCAGCUUCCUGGGGAGUCGGGUUCACCGCCCUCGCGUCAUCGGCUUCGGCGCUCUGCUGGCCUGUUUGGCCUCGUUGCUGAUGGCGCUCCCGCACUUCCUGACCGGGCCGUACCGCUACGGCGACCGGCGCAGCGAGUACGCCGACCCGACCCGGAACGUGUCUGACCUGUGCCGGCCGGACGGCGGCCUCCCUGUCGCCGCCGCACCGUCGUCCGAUCGGACGAGCUGCGUCGGGCGGGAGAGCGCCGCCCACCAGGGCGUCUACCCUCUUCUGCUAUUUGCUCAGCUGCUGCUGGGCGUCGCUUCCGUGCCCGUGCAGCCUUUCGGCAUCUCUUACAUCGACGACUACGCCGGCCGGAAGAACUCGCCGCUCUACCUCGGAAUCCUACUGGCCGUCACGGCCAUCGGCCCCGCGUUCGGGUUCCUCAGUGGCGCCUUCAUGCUACGAUUCUACGUCGACUUUGACAAGAUGCCCGCAGAUCAAGUGGAGUUGGAUCGCGGUGACCUGCGCUGGGUGGGUGCCUGGUGGCUGGGUUUCCUGGUGGCCUCCUGUCUCCUCUUCUUGGCGGCGCUGCCCUACUUCUUUUUUCCCAGGAACAUGACCCCAAAGGUCAGUUCAGGGCACUUCAACGAUGAAUCCGAGUCAGACAAAAAGCUUCCGUCGGAUAUUUUCCAGGAAGUCGGCCUUCUUCGCUUCCUUAAAAGUUUUCCCAGCAUGUUGUGCCGGACCCUGCGGAGUCCGGUCUACCUUUUGGUGGUUUUGGCCCAGGUCAAUCUGGCCGCCAUGGUGGCCGGCCUCGCCACGUUCAUGGCCAAGUUCAUCGAGAAGCAGUUCAGCCAGACGGCGGACUUCUCCGCCGUGAUUAUCGGCGGCGUGUGCAUCCCGCUAGCCGUGCUGGGAACCGUCCUGGGCGGAGUCCUGAUGCGCCGAUGGUCUCUCGGCGUCGGCGCCGCCGGAAAGUUCUGUGCCGCCGCGAUCGCGCUCGGCCUUUUAUGCGGCUUCCCGCUGGUCUUCACGGGUUGCCCCACUCAGCAGAUCGAUGGAGUCUUCCCGCCUCGGCGUGAGAUGCCGCUGUGCAGCUCGGCGUGCCGGUGCUCGGAGGAUUCCUUUCGUCCGGUGUGCGCUUCGGACGGCGUCGAGUUCACGUCUCCGUGUCGGGCCGGCUGCCUCGCCGCGGAAACGGACGGCGCCGACAAAGUGGCGAACUUCACGGACUGUCGCUGCGUGGGCGGGGGCGGCGGCGGCGGCGGCGGCUCGGCCGCGCCCGGAACGUGCGGCGGCGGGUGCGGCCGCCUCCUGUUGCCCUUUGUGGUCAUGAUGGCCGUCACCUGCUUCACGGCGUCGCUGUCCCAGACUCCGUCCUUUGUCAUGAUCCUCAGGACGGUGUCGGCGCGGGACAAGUCGUUGGCGGUGGGCGUCCAGUACAUGCUCUUCAGGGUUCUCGCCUUCAUGCCGUGCCCGGUGGUGUACGGCUCGGUCAUCGACACCACGUGCGUCCUGUGGGACAGGAAGUGCGGCGAGCAGACUUCCUGUCUCUACUACAACUUGGACCGCUUCAGACACAGGUUUUUGGGUGUCCAGGGUCUCUUCAUGUGCGGGGGUCUGAUUUGCUUCCUCCUGACCGUGCUGGUCCUGCGCAAAAGGGGGGCGGCCGACCGGGGUGUGUACGAGCUGGCCGACGAGCGCGCCAAAGAAGAGGAAGUGAAUCGAGGACGCACCUGA